CACGCACGCACGCAUUACGUCGAUGAGCGACCGCGUCAGGAGGUAUUAGAAGGGCCGCGGGGCCUGGCGCUGAAUUAGGCGUCCUGCCGGGGAGAGCGUAGGGCGGACAGGAGGCGACAAUGAAGACUCAUGCCUACGGCUCUCUGUAGCAGAUAUCGGUCACGUUUUCAAGAUGUCGUACAUGCUUCCACAUCUACACAACGGCUGGCAGGUGGACCAGGCCAUCCUUUCCGAGGAGGACCGAGUUGUCGUCAUUAGGUUUGGACAUGAUUGGGAUCCUACCUGUAUGAAAAUGGAUGAAGUUCUAUAUAGCAUAGCUGAAAAGGUUAAAAAUUUUGCAGUUAUUUAUCUUGUGGACAUUACAGAAGUACCUGACUUCAACAAAAUGUAUGAGUUAUAUGAUCCUUGCACUGUCAUGUUUUUCUUCAGAAACAAGCACAUCAUGAUUGAUUUGGGGACUGGCAACAACAAUAAGAUUAACUGGGCCAUGGAGGACAAACAGGAGAUGAUUGACAUCAUAGAGACCGUCUACCGAGGAGCACGCAAGGGCCGGGGGCUGGUCGUGUCUCCAAAGGACUACUCUACCAAGUAUAGAUACUGAGUUCUCCUGGAUGUCUUGUGUCCGGUGCUCUCACUGUUCUCUGUGUACGUGAGUGUUGUGGAAUCACUUAAACUAUUUAAAGCCUUGGAGAAAUUGUUGGAAAAGUACAUGCAGCUCAAGGAACUGGAGUGUUUUUUUGAAGUAAGGAUUGCAUAGCCUUAAAUUUUCAGUCUGCCUGUCCGUUGUAUUUUUAUAUUGGCAAAUAUCUGUAAAUACCUAACUGAAAUAAAUAAAAUACAAGGUUAUGAACAGUUAUAAUUAUUUGUUUUUAAGAAACUUGAUGUGCGGAUUACUGAUUUUGGUAACUAAAAUUAAUUCUUGUCUUUACCAUUGGGGCGAAAUUAUGAGGCUGACAGGUUUUGCAUACUUGGCAAUGGGAAUCCAGAGCCCUGAAUUCAGAAAGAAUACACAAUUAGGAUAAAAAUAUCUUUUAAUCUUAUUCUCCUGACUAUUAAAACAGUGAAAUAAAAUAAUGAAUCUUUGGAGCCUUCCCUUCAGAUUUGAGAAA